GGAAACAAACUAAGGAUGGGAGAAGGCAACAAAGUGGAAAAACCCUAAAAGUAAAAUCCCUUCUUCUUCACGUGAAAUCCCUUCCCCCUCGACCUUCUUCUUCUUCCUUCUCUUUCUUUGCCCUACUGCUAGCCUCCUCGACAAUAUCUGACAAAUGGCAGCACUUCUCCCGACAACACACUCCGGUGGACGAUGGCGCAGUAGGCAACUCGGCGAGCAACGACGUCCUGCUCCAUUUUGUGGUAGUUCGAGAUGGGCGCGAUGGUCUGCUGCGUUGGGUGACAUCUCGAGGGUUCGGUGGCAGCCAACGACCCAUCUCAACUCAGUGUGGGAGACUUCCACACCCUUGUAGCGACGAUUACGAUUGUAAAGACGUUUUCGGUGCAUUCUACUACUGUAAAAAAUGCAAACAGCUGGUUUUCUUGGUGUUUGGCGAUUACCCAUUUCCGUUUAUGGCCUAAUUCACCCUACCCACACCUAUCUACACUAGAUCUAAGUUGCCUACACCUAAACGAAGUUAAUUUCGUGGUGCUGAAAACGAUGCAAGAACUAGUAACGUGGAAGUGGGUACGUAGUACUAGGGGCGGGUGUGUGUUUUUUUGGGCUGUUGGAAAUGUUUUCUCGAUUUGUUUUGUUUAUCAUGUAUCUCGAGUAUUUAUGAUUGUUGGAAAUGUUAGUUAUAGUGAUCAAACGCAUGAUCUGAAGUUGGUCGUUUGUACUAGCGUUAUGUUGCUGGAGAUAUUGGUUGAAUUUGUGUAAUGUUUUUAAGUGCUAAAAGUUUCUAAUAGUUACCUGUUGGGAAAGAUAUGUUUUAAGGCAUGUGAGAGUUGUGGUUAUUUUUGUUACAUUAUAAAAAGCAUGCUGAAGUUGUCUGUUGAGGUUUGAUUUUAGCAAAGUGUCACUGUCUAUUUUUGUAAGUAGUUUUUACUUGAGCGGUUGAGUGUUCUUUGAAGCAUGAAUUGCUUGUUGUUUGUGUGUGUGUGUGAUGAUUUGGUUCUUUAUAACUAAUGUUAUUGACCUAUCGAUGAUGAGCUGUGGAACAUAUACGUUGAAUCUAGUAUGUGAAUAGGUUAGAUAUAGCAUUGUUGUGUGAAACUGUUGGAUGUAUUUCUGAAUUGAGUUGGAUAUGUUGUAGUUGGGCGUGUUCUUAAAAGUUUUAUAAAUUGUUAUGUGAAAAGUCCGUUAUGUAAAGCAUGUUGACAUGUUAUUUGUUGAAGCUUUUGUGUUCUCUAUAUUGUGAGCAGCUUAGUUGUUGUUAGAUUAUAUGUUAUUGAGAUCCGUGAUGCAUUAAAAAAAUACUAGAUGAUUUGUUGUGGAUAGACGUUGUGGUUAGUCUGAAUAGGGAGCUGGUACUAGAAUUUUGUUGGAGGCUAGAAAUGAUACGUGGAGUUUGGAUGUUAUGAAAGAAGAACCAGUGAGUGUCAGGACCCCGGGUACAAAGGUAGGGGCUGAUGCGGCACAGUCUCAGUACGAAUGAAUGUCGAGGCCCCGGGUACAAAGGUCGGAGGUCGACACGUCAACUUGGUUAUGUGGGUUUCGAGGCUCCGGGUACAAAGGUCGGGGAUCGAUACACCAGCUUUGGUAGAGAUGAACGUCGAAGCCUUAGGUACAAAGGUCAAGAACCAACAUGAAGUGAAUAGUGAGAUAUGGAAAAUUAAGGUGGUGACAAGGGUUAGGAAUUGCUGUUGUCAGGAGUUAGCGGGCGAAGAGGUGUGAGUGGUGUUAUUCGGAAUGUUUGGCGUGUGUUGUCAACCUUAUAACUUGCUGACUAUCUGAAUUGUUAGUUUAAUAUAUAUAUAUAUCGUGUUGCAUAUCGUAUGUUUGGCAUGCUGGUGGUGUGUAGUUAGUGAGGGCUACAUAUAGAGUAUUUUAUAUACUCACCCCCCGCUUUGCAAUUAUUGUUUCAUAGGUAAGGAUGUGAGUUACAACUAUGGUGGUGAUGUGGGGAAGGCCCAACUGAGGAAGGGCCACUAGGCUGCGUUGCACUCGUUUUCUUUUCUUCUCUUAGGAUAGUCGUAUUUCCUUUUAGCUUAUAGACGAAUUAGUUGCAAGAUGUUUAAGGAUGGCUUGUUUGGUGCUGUCUGAUGGGUCUAAACAUUUUUAGCGCCUCGAGUCGAUAUUAUCUUUUGUGCACUUAGAUUUGCUACGAGUAUUGACUAUUGUUUAAACAGGAUUUUAUGUUUGUUUAGUCCACGGAGGGCGGGGCUAUUUCCUUGGUUAUUGGAAUAAUUUUGGACCUUAUAGACUCUUUGCUAGUUUUCAUUAUGUGUUUUAAGGCCAAAGGUGUACAGGUAGAUGGUUAACGUUAUCAUAGCUGUGUUGUUGAAAUUCGGGGCCAUUACAAGGUCGUAGUGAGAGGAAAUUAGGAGAAUUUGGCAAGGUCUAUCUUCAAAAAAAUCAAUAUGUGGAUGAGAGAGGUGCUGCUUUAGAUGAAAGAAUUGCUAGGCUUAAUGAGAAAGUGGACAUUGAAAAUAAAAAGAAAGAAAUUAGGGAUAAGGAGAAUGAGGGCAUUUGUGCUAAGAUUGCGGAACUAAACGAAAAAUAGCAAGAAUUUAUGGAAAACUCAAGGAGAAUGAGUGAAGAAAUUCAACUUGAAUUAAACAGUAUGAGUAUACGCCGUAGGUUGACUUCUUAUUAAGAUAACCCUAUUUCCGAAUCUUUAGAAUUAUCUAUCCCUCCCCCUCUUUCCGUAAUUGUUCCUAUGAAUGUUGAAGGUCAAGAGCAGGUUAGUGGAGACUCUAAACAUGACGAGGAACCCUUGGAGCAUUCAGAUUCGGCCAUGGUCGAAAUCCACUGCCAAAUUGCGCCUAGCGCAAUUUUGGAGGACACUCCACCGGCCACUCUACAAUGUAUUUUGUCGCCCACUUUUCCAAAUCCUAUCUUGACUAAAACGCUUUUAGUUUUUUAUGAUUUAGAACAGGGACGAACAACGUAAAAAAUUACUGAAAUUUUGGUGGCGUUGAAUGAAUCAACGGGAGAUGAUUCAUUGGAGGAUGAUGGAAACAGUGGGGCAGCAUAAGAAAGAUCAAAUGUUGAGGGAGAAAAUGAAGAUCUUGGGAAAUUACCCCAAGAAGUGCAUGGAGAUGAGUAUGUGGAAGAAGACGAAAAAGAUGAUAUCUCUCAAUAUGAAGUGAGAAUACAAACUCUGAUGCACGAAUCACAGCAAGAUGAUGAGGAGUCCCAUGUACAAGAGCAAGAAGGAGCAUCCGGUCUUGUGGAUGUGCCUAAUGAGGCUCUGGAGGAAUCAUCUUCAUCUUCUUCAAAAGGUAAGUCCCCUUCUUUAUCAAGUUUAAAUGUUUCUGACCCGAACUUCGUUGCUAUUGCAUAUACCUCAGAGGAGAAGGUGUGCUUGACCAAAGUGGUGAAGAAAGCACGAAACAAGAAAAAUCUUGAUGAAAUUGUGCCUGGCGCAAAUUCUAGGCCGUGCACCCGAGCCACUAUAGCAAGUUUGGCCGCACAAAAAGAAGCCGAGGCUGGACCAUUUAAAAAAGCCAAGAGGGUUAAGGGGCUAAGAAGGUCAGAAGAGCCACUUGACGAGGUCAAUGAUGAGGAGCUCGAUUCUAUUGAGCAAACACCAUCUAAGGCGAAAAGGGUGAGGUGGGAAGUGAAAAGGGUUAACUUCACAGCACGUGAGAUCCUAGUUGAGAAGGGCUUUGAUGAAGCACAAGAGCCCGUGCCAAAAUAUAUCAAAAGAAGGCUUCUGGAGAAUGGUUGGGAGACAUUGUUUGCCCCAACUAUGCGUGUAUCAGAGACCUUGGUGAAAGAGUUUUACGCUACCAUCAAUCCAAACCGAGGAGACGCCCUAGUGUUUAGGGUGUGCGACUGGUCAACUUUUGAGGACAAAAGUGUUUUUUAAAGUGGGUAGUCUGUAACGCCCCACGUUCUUUGGGUUGUUUAUUUUAAGGGAUAAAUAGUGCCUUUGAGUUUUUACCUAAGCUGGUAAUUAAAUUUUUGGAUUUCCACCUUGGAAUUCUAAUUUUGGGUAAACUAUAAUUUAAGUUUAAUUUCAU